GUGGAUAUUAACAGAGAAUUUGUUUUUAGCUCAAGCGCUUAGACUGAAUUUUCGAGCACGAUGCACAGAGAAGGCGGUCGAUCUUACAAAGCUAUCCAACCUCCUAUUGGUGUUGUUUACAAUUUCUUGCAGAAGAAAGCACGUGUGAGGGUAUGGCUGUAUGAACAGUGUAACUUACGAAUUGAAGGAGUGAUAAUUGGUUUUGACGAGUACAUGAACCUGGUGUUGGCUGACGCUUGUGAAAGGCAUAUGAAGUCAGGAGCUAAAAAACCUUUGGGAAGGAUCCUCUUGAAAGGAGAGACAAUAACGCUUGUCCAGGUUGCGAAUUAACGGAGUUAUCUCGGAUUCUGAUAAAUCACUGUUAAUAUUUCCCACUUUUGUUAGACUUGUCUCUUUAACGUGUUAUUCGUAAUAAUUCAACUCCCCAGUGAUAUCAUAUAUAAGAGAAUAUGGCGAAAGUUAUCGUUGCAUCCAUAUUCGACGUAUUAAGUUGUCUAAAACUGUAUCACUUCCUGUUCACUUUGUUAGCAAUAACUUAUCAUAUUAAUGACUUCCAAAUCAUUCGCACAUCACAUUUAUGGAAAAUUGUUUUGCUUUAUCAAACGAAAAUGUUUUGCUUUGAAAAUAGACGAAAGUAGUUGCAGUGAUUUUGACUUGUAGGGUGAUUAAUAACCUGCAUAAGCUAAUUCAGCGAAAUUGUUGGCUCGAUGGUUCAUUUUACUUAUUUACAUCGUUAGUUUUGCAUGACUGACAUGAUGAUGACGGAAC